AUGUGCCGACUAAUCCAGUCUCGUCUAAUCGGUCCCCUGCUCUCCGAAUUCACUCAGACUGCUGUGACGUUACCGGCAUUUGAUGAGGAGACCGAACGCUCUGUUCCCAUUACCUCUCGAGCCCCAUGGACUUUUCCACACCUUAUAAGUAAACCUCUCUCUAUCCGGAACGUCUCCUCUCCUUAUGGCGCUCUCUACUUUCAUUUCUUCUUUGAUCGGACUGCCAACUCUCAGUGCCCUGUAAUAACUAGUCUCAUCUGA